AUGCCGCGUAAGGACAGCGAGAGCAGCUCAUCGAGUCCUGAAUCUCGUGAACGUGAAGAUGAGACUCUGUCCAAUGACGUCGUCGUCAACAAGUAUCAGAUGGCCGCUCAAAUGGUCAACGAAAUCCUCAAGAAGCUGAUCUCAGAAGUAAAAGAAGGAGUAGAAGUUGGCAGUCUGUGUACACUAGGAGAUAAUCUUAUUCUUGAGAAAACCUCAAAAGUUUUCGUUAAAGAGAAAGAUGUAACGAAGGGUAUCGCCAUGCCUACUUGUAUUUCCGUCGAUCAUUGUAUUUGUCACUUUUCACCUCUUCGCUCGGACCCUCCAAUUUUGUUGAAGAACGGGCAAAUGGUUAAGAUUGAUCUGGGUGUCCAUAUUGAUGGUUACAUUGCCACUGCAGCAAAUACUGUCGUUGUAGGAGCCAGUCCUACGAACAAAGUUACGGGUAAACAUGCUGAUUUGCUGAAAGCUACCUAUGAAGCUAUGGAAGUGGCUAUACGUAUGCUUCAACCCGGCAACAAAAACAUGGACAUCACCGCUGCUAUUGAUAAGGUUGCGGCCGAUUAUGGUAUGAUGCCUAUUGAAAACAUGGUGUCUCACCAACUGCAGAGGGAUCAAAUCGAUGGUGAGAAGCAGAUCAUACAGAAUCCUGGCGAGAAACAACGUAUGGAAAUGGAAAGGUUCACAAUUGAAAAGCAUGAGGCAUAUGCCAUUGAUAUUUUGUUCUCAACUGGCAAAGGUUAG